UAUUGAAUUUGCCGUCCGCCAUGUUUUUCGUAGAGUCGCCCUGUGCAAUUUAGGGUAGAGUUAAUUUUGGCCGUAGUUUAUUUAGAAAUGUAUAAUUAUAGAUAACGGUAACUUUACAUUAUUAGUGAAUAGUGCGGUAUUCGAGCACAAUAUUAAAGUAUUGCUGGAAUCAGCUUAUGUGGAGUUGUACAAAUUUCCUGUUUCGGUUUUCCAUACUAUUCUAAACAGAAAAUGGCCGUCGGUGUUGGUGCGGGUGUCUCCUUUGUGUAGGCUGAUUAUUAGUGAAAUUAAGGAGUUGAAGAAAUAAUGCCUAGUGCCUCGUUUUCCUCUUCGCGUUCUUACGUCCGUAGAUCGCGAAGAAAAGGGGGACACAGGAUACCAUUGCCAUCCAGGACACAAUCCAGUGAGCCAUGUGAGUCGGUGCCGUGCCCCAACAACGUGACGAUGGCGGCCACGGCGUGCGCGGGCCCCAGCGGCAGCGGCGGCGGAGGGUCGCCCCCCGUGCCCGCGGCCGCCCCCGCCACGCCGGCCGGCCACCACAGCCCCUACGACCUGCGCCGCAAGUCACCGCCCGCCUACCACGAGCCCGGGCCCUCCGGCGCCUGCUCUCUACCCGCGAGGAAACGACCCAGGACUUCGCUGUCGCAAGGUGUGGACGCAUGCAACGUGUCACAGUACCUCCAAUACGAGUUGCCUGAUGAAGUGCUGCUGUGUAUCCUCUCCCACCUCACGGAGCGGGAUCUGUGCCGCGUGGCCCAGGUCUGCAAGCGGUUCAACACGAUAGCCAACGAUACCGAGCUAUGGAAGAGCCUGUACCAGUCGGUGUUCGAGUACGACACGCCGCUGAUGCACCCCACGCCUUGCCAGUUUGAGUUCGUGGCGCCCGACGACUGCGAUGCGGACAACCCUUGGAAGGAGAGCUUCCGGCAGCUUUACUACGGGAUCCACGUGCGACCCAACCACCACCCUAAGAAAGACUCACGCAUUAAACAUUUUAAUACCAUCAGGGCAGCUCUAGAGUACGUGGAGGAGCGCGUGGCGCCCAGUGCCACCAGCAGCAUCAGCAACACGGGCGCCGUCGUCAGCAGCGCCUCCUCCACCGCCUGCUCGUGCGGCGCGACCGCCUGCUCCUGCAGACGCGCCGCAACGUGUACGUCCACUAAUACGUCGCCCGCGCCCGCUCUAGUGUUCGUACACGCGGGCCUCUACCAGGAGGAGUGUCUGGCCAUUGAUACAGACGUCCAACUCAUUGGUUGUGCCCCUGGCAAUGUAGCCGAGUCAGUAGUAUUAGAAAGAGAAGCGGAGUCGACGCUCACGUUCGCAGAGGGCGCGAACCGCGCCUACGCGGGUCACAUGACGCUCAAGUUCUCUCCGGACGCCACGAGUACGAUGCAGCAUCACAAGCACUACUGCCUGGAGGUGUCCGACAACUGUUCGCCCACUAUCGAUCAUUGUAUUAUUCGGAGCGCUAGUGUCGUGGGGGCGGCAGUAUGCGUGUCGGGCGCCAGUGCCAACCCGGUCAUCAAGCACUGCGACAUCAGCGACUGCGAGAACGUGGGGCUGUACGUGACCGACUCCGCGCAGGGCGCCUACCAGGACAACGAGAUCUCGCGGAACGCGCUCGCCGGCAUCUGGGUCAAAAACUUCGCGAACCCAAUCAUGCGCCGCAACCACAUACACCACGGACGAGACGUGGGCAUCUUCACCUUUGAGAAUGGAUUGGGUUACUUUGAUGCCAACGAUAUCCACAACAACAGAAUUGCGGGAUUUGAAGUAAAAGCUGGGGCCAAUCCCACCGUCGUGCACUGUGAGAUCCACCACGGUCAAACCGGAGGUAUCUACGUUCACGAGUCUGGCCUCGGACAGUUCAUAGAUAACAAGAUCCAUUCCAAUAACUUUGCUGGUGUGUGGAUCACGUCCAACAGUAACCCGACGAUACGGCGCAAUGAAAUAUACAACGGACAUCAGGGUGGAGUGUACAUAUUUGGAGAGGGAAGGGGACUGAUUGAGCACAACAAUAUUUAUGGAAAUGCAUUGGCUGGUAUUCAGAUUCGCACCAAUAGCGACCCGAUAGUGAGGCACAACAAGAUCCACCACGGCCAACACGGUGGCAUAUACGUGCACGAGAAAGGCCAGGGUCUGAUCGAGGAGAACGAGGUGUACGCCAACACACUUGCUGGCGUCUGGAUCACCACCGGGUCCACGCCCGUGCUGCGCCGCAACCGUAUACACUCGGGGAAGCAGGUUGGAGUCUACUUUUAUGAUAAUGGCCAUGGGAAACUGGAAGACAAUGAUAUUUUCAAUCACUUGUAUUCUGGUGUGCAAAUCAGAACCGGCAGUAACCCAGUAAUACGUGGCAAUAAGAUCUGGGGCGGUCAGAAUGGUGGAGUGCUAGUGUAUAACGGUGGUCUAGGAUUAUUGGAACAGAAUGAGAUAUUUGAUAACGCUAUGGCUGGCGUUUGGAUAAAGACAGACUCCAACCCCACGUUGAAACGGAAUAAGAUUUUUGAUGGACGCGAUGGCGGGAUAUGUAUAUUUAAUGGAGGAAAAGGUGUAUUGGAGGAGAAUGAUAUAUUUCGCAAUGCCCAAGCCGGUGUGCUGAUAUCAACCCAAAGUCACCCGGUACUCAGACGUAACAGAAUCUUCGAUGGUCUGGCGGCUGGCGUGGAGAUUACUAACAACGCCACCGCAACACUAGAGCACAAUCAAAUAUUUAAUAAUAGGUUUGGAGGUCUGUGCCUGGCGUCAGGUGUAUCGCCGCUGGUGCGGGGUAACAAGAUCUUCAGCAACCAGGACGCGGUGGAGAAGGCCGUGGGCGGCGGACAGUGCCUCUACAAGAUAUCCUCCUACACGUCCUUCCCCAUGCACGACUUCUACAGAUGCCAGACGUGUAACACGACUGACCGCAAUGCGAUUUGUGUCAAUUGUAUCAAGACGUGUCAUUCCGGACACGACGUGGAAUUCAUACGCCAUGACAGGUUCUUCUGCGACUGCGGCGCCGGCACGUUGUCCAACCAGUGCCAGCUGCAAGGCGAACCCACCCAAGACACCGACACGCUCUAUGACUCCGCCGCGCCCAUGGAGUCGCACACGCUCAUGGUCAACUGAGAGACACACCUCGCGCGCCCGCCGACACACGCUUGGCAUGCAGUUCAUUAAAAAAUAUACAAUCUGCCUCGUCAUGCCUAGGGUUGCCAACAUAUCCAGGAACAAAUAGAGUAUAUAUUUAAUUCCAGAGAGAAUAAUUAAAUAGUGCUACUAGAUAAUACUAAUGCAUCUAAAUUUUCUAAAAGAUUUUUGAUAUUAUCGUGCGCAAAGUUCGAUUUUGCGUUCGCAAAGUUCAACUUUUCCACACGAUGAGAAGAGCGUGCGGGAACGUUUGAAAUUAAUUAUAGUGGUCGAGCUUUGCGCAACUUAAUAGGAAAAAUAGUAUACUAAUGUAUAUAGCAAAUAGUAAUGUACUAUUUGCUCCAACAACUUGUUACGUUUGCUUUAUUUUUUCACCUGCCCGAUUAUGACUGCAUUCACCACACAGUGUAUUUAGUGCAGUUAAUAGAAAACAUUUAUUUGUUUAAGGUCAAGAAGUAUAGCUGGCAUUUGGAAAAGAAUACUUUAAUAUUCUGAAUUACUUUAACGAUAAAAGGCUGAAAUAGAGCACAAUACUCUAUUUUGGAGUACGGUUGGCAACCCUGGUCAUGCCAGAUGAAGCAAAGAUUAUAUUUUGGAAUUGUCAUUAUAAGUCGGUGAUCACUACAAUUGAUAUGUGCCUGUAUAACUAUUGGUACUCGCGCUGUGUACGAGGUUUAAAAUUGUGACAAGGAAUUGAUGUUUUUCUAUCAUUGCGGAUGUAUGUCCGAUAACUGUACAUAAUUUUAUAUUACAAAAUGACUGAUACACAACCAAUUACUUGUGCUUGAACAUUAUGAAACACAGUUGUAUUGAAAGUGUAUCGUUUUGUGUCGAAUUAUUAUUCAAUUAUAUUAAUUGACAUUUAGUUUAAUACCAUUAAUGCAAUGCUUAUUAUUUUGAUUUUUGUGGCGCGAUUUCUAAUAAAAUGGAAGCACAUGCAAAUGUUUGUGUAUCAGACAGAUAAUUCAAUGUAUGUCACCUUUGUAGCGAUCAUUUUUAUUAGCUAAAACUUUCACAAUCACAAUAAUAUGUCGCUUAACCACAAACGGUUGUGCCCUAGCGUUUUCAUACAUUGUAACUUAGACAGAGAUAUACAUGGUAUUGCUACUGUUGCUGUUUAUGUAGACAUUAUCUUCAUCGGUACUUAAUUAUAUUAUUAUAUUUGGUCGUGUAGUAUCUAUCAUACAUUCUCAAAUUGUAAUUCACACCAUAAUCUCGGAGAAUCACAUUGGUAAUUAAUUAGAAUAUUGUUUUGUAAGUGUAUGUAACAAAUAGUGGACAUUAUCAUAUAAUAUGUGUAAUUUACUAUUUAAAUCACGGGAAGAAGCUAUUGAAUUACUUGGGUUAACAUUUCUAGUAUUAUAACAUAGCGACUAUGUCAGGAUUGCUCACUGUACUAUAAACUAUUUUUAACUAUUGACGACAAUAUUUUUUUUACACAACGGAGCAUUUAUGAAGCUUUCCUGACUUUGAAGGAUUUCUGCCGGUUUUAGUUAAUAAAAAUAAUGUUAAGUGUGUGGGGAGAAGGCGCGCGUCGAACUGUAAUCUCUUUGCCAUAGGACCGCCUCGCCGAGCGACCGCCGGCUCUCGUAGCGCAUUUUGUAAAUAUUUAUGUCAAACAAUAAUCGAAGAUGUAGUAGUUAAAGUAUUUGUAUCAUUAUAUUUUUUAUUAUUGAUCACAAUAUGUAUGUUUAAUAAUUGUAAUGUAUUAUGUACGUUAUACUCACUGGUCUGUCGCGACGAAUGUUCCCGAUAUAUCAAACGUUAGAUUGUAUAUUAUUGAGUCGAGAACGGACGUGCGUACUAGCGGUAGUGGAAGAUUUUUAGGUACAAUUUGUUGAUGUAAACGGAUUGGACAUCGAAGCUCGAAGGGAUGUGAGACGAGAAGCAAUGCUAAGGUAAGGGAGUGCUGUUAGAAUUAAGGUUAUCAAAUAAGCUAUCAAAGUCUUAAUGACUCCGUAAUCACUGUUUCCAUUCGUCGAGUCAGCGCGGCGUUCGAAUCUGCUUUUUUGUAAUCCCUAAUCUGUGAUCAUCGCAUAUAUAUAUAUAAGAUAUUUUAGUUCAUCAUACAGAAAUUAAUGAGAAUUAUUCUAUGUAUCGAAAUUAUCGUGGAGCCGAUGCUUUAUUUUAUUGAAUGUGAAAUUGUUAUUUAUUGAAUCGUCAGUAUGUUCUUAAUUUAUUGAAUUUACAUCUGGAUAUAUUAUGUUUAUACCUGAAAUACCAUUGUAAAAGCCGUGAUAUACAUCAUAUAAUAUA